AUGGACAUCCUCCUGAAACCAUUUCCAAAAUACAUCAAAUGUUAUAUUAGAUAUGACUUACAUACGUUAAAUCACCUACCAGAGAAGGUCAAGGAAGAAACAUUCAUGGUUACAUUUGAUGUGAUAAACCUAUAUACCAACAUACCCCAUAAUUAUGGAACAGAAGCAAUCUGGUCCUGGCUGGACAAAUAUCCAGAAGAAAUACCGGAACGGAUCAACAAAGAUUUCAUAAUCCAAUCACUAAGAUUCGUCCUUCAAAACAACCAGUUCAUGUUCGACACCACUGUUUAUCGGCAAAAAUCUGGAAUUGCCAUGGGAACCAGGGCAGCCCCGACCAUUGCCAACCUAACAAUGGGCUAUUUAGAAAUAACAAUAUAUCAGGAGUCAUUUUCUAAAUUUGGAAACCCUCUCUCCCAGUACAUAUCAGAAAAUUGGAAAGGGUUUUGGGACGACUGCUUCAUCCACUGGAAUGACAACAUAGAUAAACUCCUGGAGUUCAAAACACUUCUUGAUAGCAUUAACACCAACAUACAAUUUACAAUGGAACACAACCAAGAGUAA